UUUUAACAAGUGCUGUGAAUAUUCCAAUUUUGAAAAAUGUCAACACCGAAAAGAGACGCUGCUGCAAAUCAAUUAUCAGAAUACGCAAAAGAACACGAGGGCGAUGAAGAAACAAUAACUAACACAUGGGGCGUACCAGUACCUGAAAAAGAUGCUAGUUUGACAGUUGGGUAUCACGGUCCUAUACUACUUCAAGACUACAACUUGAUAGAUGAAAUUGCACAUUUCACAAGAGAACGAAUUCCUGAAAGAGUAGUACAUGCGAAAGGAGCCGGUGCUUUUGGUUAUUUUGAAGUAACUAACGACAUAACCAAGUAUACGGCCGCUAAAGUCUUUUCUGAAAUUGGAAAGAAGACACCUAUAGCUGUAAGGUUUUCGCAGGUUGCUGGAGAAUUAGGUUAUCCGGACACUAUAAGAGAUAUAAGAGGUUUUGCUAUAAAAUUUUAUACUGAGGAUGGUAUAUGGGAUUUGGUUGGAAACAAUGCACCAAUAUUUUUUGUUAAAGAUUGUGCCGUAUUUCCGAGUUUCAUUCAUGUUAUGAAAAGAAAUCCAAAAACUCAUAUGAGACCUGAUUACGAUAUGUUUUGGGAUAUGAUAACAUUGCGACCAGAAUCGACUCAUACUUGCCUUAUGUUCUUUUCGGACAGAGGAAUUCCAGCCAGUUUCAGGAAAAUGCACGGAUUUGGAACAAAUACUUUCGCUUUCGUAAACAAACACGGCAAAUUCUUUUAUUGCAAAUUUCACUACAGAACCGACCAAGGAAUCGAAAAUAUUCAACCUGAAUUAGCACAAAAGUUAGCCGGCGAGGAUCCAGAUUACCACAUUAGAGAUCUUUAUAAUGCCAUCGAAAACGGCGAUUACCCAUCUUGGAAAUUCUACGUACAAAUAAUGACAACUGAACAAGCUGCAAAAAGUCCUUACGAUCCUUUCGAUGAUACCAAAGUAUGGUUGCACUCUGAUUAUCCUUUAAUACCAGUUGGAAGAUUCACUUUAAAUAAAAAUCCAACGAAUUAUUUCGCCGAAGUUGAACAAAUAGGAUUUGACCCUGCACAUUUAAUUCCUGGUAUUGAGCCUUCGCCGGACAGAAUGUUGCAAGGAAGGCUUUUUGCAUAUGGUGACACCCAUCGCUAUCGACUUGGUGUUAAUCACUUACAACUUCCAGUGAAUACUCCAUUUAAAGCUUCCCAUUUUGCUAGAGAUGGUCAAGCAACACUUCAUAGCCAUAACGGAGCACCCAACUAUCAUCCGAAUAGUUUUAAUGGACCAAAGAUUGAUACGAGAGCUAAAGCGUUAAGUCCAAUUAUUCCCCUUCAAGGUGAAGCUAAACGAGUAGACAAUGGAGAUGACGACAAUUUCACCCAAGCUAGACUAUUUUAUCUGAAAGUCAUGAAACCUGAUGAAAGAUCUAGAAUGAUAAACAAUAUGGUUGCAUGGUUGAAGCCAACCAAAGAGGCGAUACAAGAUAGAGCAAUUGCAAUGUUUUCAAAGGUUGAUGAAAGCUUGGGAAGGAAGUUGAAACAUGGAUUAAAGUCUGCAGCGCAUAUUGAUUUAUAGUGUUAAAAUGUACU